AGUCAGUGAGUGAAUGAAUGAACGUAACUAUAUAAUAGCAUGACGUUUUUCUCAUAUACCAGUACUAGGCUUCUGCAAAGAUGAAGCGGUUGCAGUACCAUAGUGAGCCGCCAGACGGUGGCUGGGGCUGGAUGGUUGUCCUGAGCAGCUUCUUGUCUCACGUCUUCGUUGUCGGCGGCUUCAAGUCGUUCGGCGUCUUCUUCCCGUACUUCCGUGAGGAGUUUGAUGAAGAUGCUGCGAAUACGUCUUGGGUCAGCUCCAUACAAGGAGCAGUGGUCUUCUUUGGCUCCGGUCUAGCCGGCGCCCUGGGGAACCGGUUCGGCUGCAGGCCCGUGGUAAUGGCGGGGAGCCUGGUGGCCGCCGCGGGGCUCAUCUCCAGCAUGUUCGUCACUUCCAUGGCAACCAUGUACGUCACCACGGGGUUGGUCACAGGUCUCGGGUUUUCCCUGAUGUACACGCCAUGUAUAACAAUGGUGGGACUGUACUUCAGCAGAAGACGCUCCCUCGCCACGGGCAUCGGGCUUUCCGGCGCGGGGGUGGGCGUUUUCGCCUUCCCUCCGUUCUUCCAACUCCUCAUCGACAACUACGGCUGGAAGAACGCGCUGCUCAUCUUCUCCGGGAUCGUUCUGAACGGGAGCGUGUUCGGGGCGCUGUUGAGACCGCUGCACUUGAGAAGCACUCUCAAACCAGAAGAGCUAGAACGUCAGGAAGGUCAAGAACAAAGGGUUGGACUGUGUAGCCGUGUGUCGAACACCUUCGGCUUCUAUCUUUUGAAAGACCCGUUCUUUGCCGCCUUUUCUGUUUGCCAGAUUCUUCUCGGGUUUGGCGCUUUCGUGCCAUUCGUGCAUCUGGUAGCGCACGCGAGAGACAUCGGUAUAGAGCCGCAACCUGCCGCCUUCCUGGUCUCUGUUAUCGGCAUCACUGACAUGCUGUCCAGAAUCGGCUACGGCUGGCUGUCCGAUUCCGGGCUCUUCGUUCGGAUGAGAGGGUACACAGCGUGCGUCGCGGGUUUUGGACUUUGCCACGUGUUUGUUCCGUUCGCUCAAACGUACGCUGGCUUGGUGGCGUACUGUCUCUUCUUCGGGGCCUUCCAGGGCUGCUGCCUGUGCCAGGUGGCGGUGAUACUCGCCGAUAUCUGCGGGGUGAAGAAACUGGGGAGCGCCAUCGGACUUUGCUACACCGUCACAGGUCUGGCACUACUCUUUGGGCCGCCUAUGGCAGGUCACCUGUUUGACGUCACGGGGAACUACAAGGUGUCGUUCUUCGUGUCCGGUGGACUGGUGCUCUUCAGUCUGCUGCUGUUACUCCCUCUGGAAAUCUACAGGACCAUCACUGCUAGAAACCAUGACCAGGUCGUCUUGGAUACCUCGGCGUUACCUGCAAGUGGCGGACUGAGGAGCAUGGAAAACCCGCGGACACUGAAGGUUAUCCCGACAGCACUCGCCAGUCUCUUGACUCCGCAGAACUCGGCCAGAAACACCGCGGUCUUCGUGGACAAGCACCCCAUGAACACUCCGAUAAACAAACAGCAGAUCACCAUUGUUGCGUACGUUUGUGCAAAAGCCGUUAGGUUCAUGACAGCCAGGCUGGUGACGAACAUACUGGAGAGGAGACCUGUGGUGGCCAGCAGACUCCCCGUCAUCACUACAGCCCUGCCGCCGAACAUGUUACACAGGGCACCCGCGGGGAGGGCUGGUGAGGGGAAAGAAUGCAUGACGGAGCCCAUGAUGGAGCUAACCCAGGACGUGGACGCUGCGUCCUGCCCAAACGCCUCCUGUAGGUACGGGAAGAACACUCCGAAGGACUUGAAGGUUCCGACCAUGAACACACAACACCCACGUCUUCACAAUAUGACCAAAAACAGACAUGUGCAGUACCAAGAGGAGCCGCCAGAUGGCGGUUGGGGGUGGUUCGUCGUCCUGAGCGCCUUUCUGUCUCAUGUUUUCAUUCUCGGUGCGAUGAAGUCGUUCGGAGUGUUCUUCCCGUACUUCCAGGAGGCUUUUGGACAAGACGCCGCCUCCACUUCGUGGGUUAGCUCCAUCAUGGGGGCGGUCACACUGUUCGGAGCCCUCCCCGCGGGUGCCCUGUGUAACAUGUUCGGCUGCAGGGCUGUAGUGAUGACGGGGAGUCUGCUGGCCACCACAGGUCUCCUCUCCAGUAUGUUUGUCACCAGCCUGGCUGUCAUGAACCUAACGGCAGGGUUCAUCACGGGUCUUGGUUUCUCGUUCAUGUACACGCCUUGCCUUACCAUGGUGGGGAGAUACUUCAAGAAGCGCCUGGCGCUUGCCAACGGGAUCGCUCUGUCAGGAUCCGGAGUCGGGACCUUCGCCCUUCCUCCCGUGUUUCAGCUGCUCAUCGACAACUACGGGUGGAGGGGUUCCCUCUUUAUCGUGGCAGGGAUCGCCUUACAAGGCUGUGUGUUUGGUACCUUGUUACGACCGAUAAACUUAAAAGCAGACAUUGAUGAAAAAGACAAUGCAAUAACAUCUAGGAAAACGAAUCACGGACUGGUAGCACGCCUGUGCGGUGCCUUUGACCUCUCUCUGUUCAAAAUUCCGUAUUUUGCCGUUUUCAACUUGGCCAUGAUGUUCCUGGUAGUCGGCUACGUCAUUCCGUUUGUACAUCUGGUAAAACACGCGAGAACUAUCGGAGUGGAACCACAGAAGGCCGCCUUUCUGGCCUCGGUGGUCGGCAUCGGCGACGGCGUGUCAAGAAUCGCGUACGGAUGGUUCUCAAACCUGGGGCUGUACCCCCUCCUUCGCGGGUUCGUGGUGUGCAGCCUGGGGCUCGGCCUGAGCCUGAUGUUCUUGCCGUUCGCCCAAACCUACCCGUCUAUGGUAGCGUGCUGUCUCUCUGUGGGCCUGUUUGCAGGAAGUCUUUCCACCCAGACCGCGGUGUUUCUGGCGGAGUUCUGCGGAGUCAAGAGACUGGCGAGUGCUGUCGGGAUAGCCUUCAGCGUCCGCGGGUUUUCAAUGCUCUUCGGCCCACCACUUGCAGGCUAUCUGUAUGACGUCACUGGGAACUACAACGUCUCGUUCUACGUCGCGGGGGGUACUGUCCUGUGCAGCACCGUGAUGACGUCAGCGUUAGAGGCCCAUCGGACGAGGAACGUGCAACGUCAGAACUUUGACAAGCUGGCGGAAGACUCGAGUAAAAGCCCAACUUCCACUGAUAUUCCCGAGGAUAUAGACCCUGAUGGCAGCAAAGAUCUACUUGUCAUUCACGAAACCAGCGUAUGACCCACUUAUAAAGUAGGUCAUUUUACUGGUCGAAAAUCGAAGCA